CUAUUAGUUCCACCAGUUUCAAAACAUGAAACUUUAAUUUAGUUUUUAUUAUUUAUGUCAACCAAACGUCUUCGACGAGUGGGCUUGCCCAAACAUAUAAUUGAGAGGUUCACAAAACUUAACAUUUGUACAUGCAAAGAUGUUUUGUCAAAAUCGUUUACCGAAUUACUGAAAUUGACUGCUUCGGGAUCGUUUACUGUACAUGAAGUGAUACAGAAGUGCAGUAUAGCAUGUGUACCAUCAUCUGUGACUGCUCUCUCUCUGUGGAAGGACAGACAGGAGAAAAAGUCAGCAUUUCUGAUGACAUCUCUUCCAGAACUGGAUCGAGUUCUCCAUGGAGGUCUGCUUGCUGGAACUAUCACUGAGAUUGCCGGUCCUGCUGGAAGUGGGAAGACUCAGUUUUGUGUGAUGCUCAGUGUGUUGGCAACUUUACCCAGAAUGCUUGGCGGUCUGGAGGGAUCAGUCCUUUACAUUGACACUGAGGGAGCAUUCAGUGCAGAAAGAUUAUUGGAAAUUGCCAGGUCUAAGUAUUGUGAGCACUUUAAAGAUGAAAGUACGCUGAAGAGUUUGGCUGAGAAUGUGUACGUGGAUGUACAGCAGACCUGCAGUAGUCUGUUAAAAAGGCUGCAGUGUCUUGAACAAGAUAUUAUUAGUAAGAGGAUUAAGUUGGUGAUCAUUGAUUCCAUUGCCUCGUUGGUUCGCAAAGAGUUCAGCACUACCCUGGGACAGAAUCUGGCCAACCGCACCAAUUUUCUCUCCCAGGAGGCGGCCAUCUUGAAAUAUACAGCUGAAGUGUUUUCAAUUCCUAUUGUGGUCACUAACCAAAUAACAACACGAUUUGGGCCCCAGAACAGAGGAACAGCUGGACAAUGUGAAACUUCUGAACAAAGUCUUGCUGGUGAUGGCAGUUACGUGACAGUAGCUCUUGGUAACACCUGGAGUCACAGUGUGAACACAAGACUGAUUCUUCAGUACCUUGAUGGGGAAAAACGACAGGUGAUGGUGGCCAAAUCUCCCAUAUCUCCAUUCACUGCAUUCAUCUACACCAUACAGGACCAAGGCAUUGUUGAGGAUGAGGGUGGUGCUCAGCACUAUAAAGGGACAGACCCGGGGAUACAGCACAUCCAGGUUCGCUCAGCUCUGCCCAUAUGUAUGUCACAGUGUGAUACUUGAACAUCCAUUCUAUGGAAGAGCAUCACCAUUCUCGCUCAGUGUCACAUGUCACACUUGAUAAGAGAAUAUGUCCUAAGUGCAUUAUACAUCUUGGUUCAGACAGUGAUGAAGAGCAAGAGCAUAGAACAUCUAGGUUGGUGGUGCUGUUCCUGUACAUUGUUGCAGUUUAAUCUAUGCAGAACCAAAGCCUAGAACAUAUUAUCAAGGUCCACACAUUGCUGCCAAUACAUGUUAUAGUUUAAUACAGGAAGAACUAAACCAUCUAAGUCAACAUAGUUCUUCCAAUACAUGUUGCAGUUUAAUACAGAAGAAUCAGAUCAUCUAGGUCCUCACAGUGCUGUCAAUACAUGUUAUAGUUUAAUACAAGAAGAACUAAUCCAUCUAAGUCAACAUAGUUCUUCCAAUACAUGUUGCAGUUAAAUACAGAAGAAUCAGAUCAUCUAGGUCCUCACAGUGCUGUCAAUACAUGUUAUAGUUUAAUACAAGAAGAACUAAACCAUCUAAGUCAACAUAGUUCUUCCAGUACAUGUUGCAGUUUAAUACAGGAAGAACCAGAUCAUCUAGAUCAUUACACAGUACAAUGCUAAAAAUAUGUCAUAGUUUAAUACAGAAGAACCCGAUCAUCUAGGUCCUCACAGUGCUGUCAAUACAUGUCACAGUUUAAUACAGGAAGAACCAGAUCAUCUAGGUCCUCACAGUGCUGUCAAUACAUGUCACAGUUUAAUACAGAAGAACCAGAUCAUCUAGGUCAUCACAGUGCUGUCAAUACAUGUCACAGUUUAAUACAGGAAGAACCAAAUCAUCUAGGUCCUCACAGUGCUGUCAAUACAUGUCACAGUUUAAUACAGAAGAACCAGAUCAUCUAGGUCAUCACAGUGCUGUCAAUACAUGUCACAGUUUAAUACAAGAACCAAAUCAUCUAGGUCAUCACAGUGUUGUCAAUACAUAUCAGGGGCUCUGUCCACGAAGGGAUCUUAACGCUAAGCUCACCUAAAGUGCAUAAGGUAAUUUUGCACUUACGGUGAUCUCAGUGCUAUUAUCCCUUUGUGGAGUGAGGCCCAGAUCGUCUAGGUCCAUACAUAUGGAAAUAUCAUGCUGAGAAUCGUCUUUCAAGUACUGAAGAUAAAACCAGUUUAAAAGAAAUCUAUUUAAUGUGUCUUUUGAGAGAUAACAGUAAUAAGAGUUCACCAUUUUAAUUUUAUAUGUUUGUACUUAUGCAGUUUUAGUUAAGUGAUCAUUGGAAUACAUGUCAGUCAGAUUAUGUCAUCUCCAGCCUUGGACUAGGCUUAAAAUAGUUGAUCCAGUACAUUUAAGCAAGUUGGCUGGGUAGAAAUGAUAUUUUAAAGUAUGAUUUAAAAAAAGAAAGAAAAAAAGUAUGAAGGCAGGGAAGAUAAUAUUACAUUGUUGUGUGUGGUGUCUUAUUAUUUGAUUAGGACAAAGUAUUUUUAGUGACCAUUACUGAAUAAUACCAUCCAAAAAAAAUAAUAAAAGAAAAAAGAU